UUUCACUGGUUCAUAUAUAUCAUGCGCCCUAUAUAUAUUCGGCCAUGCUUGGCUUUCAAACUUCAAACCAAAUCACAAACAAAAUCAAUACCAUGAUGUUGAACUUGGCCUUGUCAAUCACUUCUUUUCUAUUGCUCUUUAAUAUCCGAGGAGGCUCAGCAGAGCAAUGUGGAAACCAAGCAGGGGGUGCUUUAUGCCCGGGAGGGCAAUGCUGCAGCAAGUUCGGCUGGUGUGGCACUACGCCUGAUUACUGCAGCACCGAUUGCCAAAGCCAAUGCGGCGGCGGUGGUGGUGGAGGAGGCGGUGGUGACAUUAAGGAUCUAGUUUCAAAGGACAGCUUUGAUAAGAUACUCAAGCAUAGGGACGACGGUGGUUGCCCUGCCAAAGGGUUUUAUACUUAUGAUGCUUUCAUUGCUGCUGCCAAAGCCUUCCCCGCCUUUGCUACAACUGGUGAUACUGCCACCCGUAAGAGGGAGAUUGCUGCUUUCUUAGCUCAAACUUCUCAUGAAACUACUGGGGGAUGGGCGACUGCACCAGAUGGACCAUACGCAUGGGGCUAUUGUUUUAACAAGGAGAAAAAUCCAGGAUCUUACUGUGCCUCGGAUCCAAAUUAUCCAUGUGCUGCUGGUAAGCAGUAUUAUGGCCGCGGUCCUAUUCAACUUUCUUGGAAUUACAACUAUGGACAGUGUGGAAAAGCCAUAGGAGCGAACUUGCUGAACAACCCGGACCUUGUUGCCACAGACCCUGUGAUCUCCUUCAAGACAGCAUUCUGGUUCUGGAUGACCCCUCAAUCACCCAAGCCGUCGUGCCAUGAUGUUAUCACCGGGAAAUGGAACCCUUCCGGAGCCGAUAAGUCAGCCGGUAGGUCUUCCGGGUAUGGUACGAUCACAAACAUCAUCAACGGUGGACUUGAAUGUGGUAAGGGCUCGGAUGGGAGAGUGGCGGACCGCAUAGGGUUUUUCAAGAGGUACUGUGAUUUGCUUGGAGUUGGUUAUGGUGACAACCUUGACUGCUAUAAUCAGAAGCCGUUUGGGUCUGGACUCGCUACUUAUUAUUCACCAUCCUCAUCAAAAGUGUCCUCGAUAUAGUACGAGUAUGCUAGCUCAAUUUCUACUCUGCGGGUGGUUGUGUUGUGUUGUGGUACGUACGUUGUUGUAUGUCGAUCACUGCACUUCUGACGUUGUUUCAUGUAAUGGAAUAAUAUGGAUAGUGGCUAUAUGAGAAUAAUUGUAAGUAGCUCACAGGAUUAUAUAUGUGAGUUUAAUCCUUUUGUGAGCUACUCUCACUUGGGCACUUUAUGAGCUAAUGAUCGAUAAGCUUAAUCCCUUAAUUAAAAAGCUAAUUUGAUAUUUCAUG